GAAGAGGUUGACUGGCGCUUGUACAUGUCCCGCCUGGACAGUGAAGCGAACAUGCUCCUUCUAUAGUCCAGUACAGUGGCCGCUCGCCUCGUUGCUAGUUGUGCUGCGAGGCCAUGGGAAGGAUGCGACGCGAGAUAGAAUGGGAGUGAUAUUUUCCGUCUUCCUGACCCCCCCUGGUUCAUUCUCUCCGUCAUUCUCUCCGUCUUCCUGACCCCCCUAGUUCAUUCUUCGCAAUAUUAGUACGAAGAUCGUGACAGUAAAGCUCCGCUGCCGCAUUCACAUGUAAUUGUUACCACGAAGGCUGAAUCUAGAAGCAGUGCGUCAGAGACGUCUCAAUGACAGUUCAGCGGUGAUGUUCUGGGGUAUCACAGACUAGCGUCUGCAGCUUGCAACGAGGACGCCCCGGCUGCGAUGGCGACUAGAGAGCAGCGAUGACGCUGUCGGCAUUGUGCUUUGAGACGUCUCAAAACACGACUUGUAUCUCACGCUGUGGGUGUCGGAGACAUCCCGGUCAGCCAGAGCCAGUCUGGGGGAUCUUCCCGUAACGUCGGAGAGGAACACAGGCUGCCACCCAGUGGGUGAUUGCUGCUUGGAGCAACAAUGACUCUCUAUAGCAAAUCGCGGUACACGUACAAGUCGCUCCUUGAGGUGCCUCUUGAGUCGACUCAAGGUCCACGUCGUCAGCCGCGCUUUGACGGGCGUCGCUGCAUGUCGCGUUCCGCGUCGCGUUUGAAACCGCGGCGCGAGGCGCUCGCGCUUCGGGUCUUCCUGGCGACCUGCCUCGUCGCGGCGUGCACGCACGCGUUUGGGGAGGAACCCCAGUGGUGUUUUGUAACAGCCGAAGGUCGACGGGCCCAAGGCGAUAACCGCCCCCCCUCCGGAGUCAACAGGGCCAAGCCGCUCUUUGGACAUGAGAUUGAUACGAAAAGUGAGGAGGUGGAUAAGAGAGGGGGAGGGGAGGAGUCGGUUGCAAGACCCCCCCUUCAAAGCAGUAAGCGCCCCCUUUCCGGAGUCAACAACAGGGCCAAGCCGCUCUUUGGAGCUGAGAUUGAUGCGAGAAGUGAGGAGGUGGUUAAGAGAGGGGGAGGGCAGGAGUCGGUCGAAAGAAGGGAGGAGGAUGAAAGAGGGCUAGCACGGGAUGGGGAGGUUGGGAAGGGUGGGAGUGAGAGAGGGAGAGGGGAGGAGAAGGGAGGGGAGGAGAAGGGAGGGGAGGAGAAGGGAGGGGAGGAGAAGGGAGGGGAGGAGAAGAGAGGGGGGGUGCUGGAUUUUGAGCCGACUCAAGUGGUUGAGAAGAGCAGGAGUGAGAGAGGGGGAGGGGAGGAAAAGGAAGGGCAGGGGGCGGAGCAGGGGGGUGGGAAGGUAGAGGAGGGAAAGCGGGAGAUGAUAGAGAAGAAAGAAGGGGGAAGAGGAGGCAAGAGAGGAGGGAAGAGAGGAGGGAAGAGAGGAGAGAGAAAGGCGGGGCGAGUGGGCGUGGCAGCUGCUGUGGCUCCUUCGUUUUGGCUGAUCAACCGAACCACCUUCAAGACAUGGGGGCCUGCACACAGCAGCAGGAGCAGCAGCGGCAGCGGCGGCAUAAUCAGAAGUCCCAGGAGCAACAAGGAAGUGAAAGGCACAGGACAGAAGAGGGGGAGCAGAGGGAGAGAAGGCCAAGGGAGGCCCAUUCUCAAGGAAAUGCCCACGCCCAUGCCCAUGCCUAUGCCGGUAGCUCUGCACGUUUCCAUGCCUGCGACCAUGCAUGUGCCGGUAGCUCUUGAGUCGACUCAAAAGAGGGGGAGCAGAGGGAGAGAAGGCCAAGGGAGGCCCAUUCCCAAGGAAAUGCCCACGCCCAUGCUUAUGCCAGUAGCUCUGCACGUCACCAUGCCCAUGCCCUUGCCAAAGCCGGUUCCUGUGCAUAUGGGUAUGGCCACAUCGGUCUUCGACCUCGACAGCCCUAGGGCUGUGCCACAUGCUCACUCACAGCUAGGCUCGGUCCCCAGUGGGGAAGCUCGUUCUGAACCGCCAGGUGGGGGCGAGGUGCUGCAGGGUCAGCGGCGCCUGGCGCUCCGUGUGAGCCUGAGUGGGCAAUCGAACAGCGCAAGUUCUUCUGGUCAGCGCCAGGAGCAGCAGCAGCAGCAGCAGCAGCAGCAGCAGCAGCAGCAGCAGCAGCAGCAGCAGCAGCAGCAGCAGCAGCAUCAACAGCAGCACCGGCAACAGCCGCAGCAUCGCCAGCAUCAGCAGCAGCAGCAGCAGCACCGGCAGCAAGUCAACCACCAAACCAGGCUCCAGCUCAACCCCCUGCUGCUGAACCACCUGCUGCCAUACCACCUGUUGCCGAACCUCCUCCUGCCGCACCAUCUCCCGAACCUCCUGCCGCUGCACCUCCUGCCGAACCUCCUGCCGCUGCACCUCCUGCCGAACCUCCUGUCCCUGCGCCCUUAGCCCCACCCUCUGCCCCAUCUCCCGAUCCUAUUGCCACUCCCCCUGUUGC